UUAUUUAACGUACAACUGUCGCUGUGAAUAGACGUUGUCUUGCCUACCACUGGGCCUCUCCGAAUCCAAAGAAGUUCCUUUACUUUCCUUUUUUUUUUUGCUGUUGCUGUUGCGUCCUACAAAUAUGUUCAAGCUAUUUAUGCUAAUGUUUGCGUUGCUUGCAGGCGCCUGGAGCGUGAGCCUGCCCCCCGCACAGGUGGGCGUGGGCACCACCAGGACAACAGGCGGAGAUUUGGCCACGGCCGAGACCUCAGCAAAGUUUUUGAAUCUUUUUGGUGGCGGCUCUGGUGGAUAUCCAAACUAUGGCUAUAAUUAUCAGCGACCGACAUAUCCUGGCUACAAUUAUGGCUACAACAACAACGGAUAUUAUGGCAAUUCUGGCAGCUAUUAUCCCACUUCAGGAGGGAGCUAUUAUCCCACUACUAGCGGCAGCUAUUAUCCCACAACUGGAGGCAGUUAUUAUCCCACGACUGGCAGCUAUCCGAGCACUAGCGGCAGCUAUUAUCCCACAACAAAUAUCCUGGGCUCUCAGGGAGGCUAUGCCGGCUACGGCGGCUAUGGAGGCUACAGACAGACUUAUGGCUAAGACUUCUUCUUCAGAUGUCACGCUUCGGCACACCCACACACAGACACACACACACCCACACAUACACACACAAGUAUCGUAAAACUUUUAUAAACAAUUUAUUAGGCAACAUCUUGUGGCAUGGAAUUUUGCAACCCACAUCUACGUCCACAUUUUACUGGAGACAUCAGCUUCGUUUUUUUUUAAUGUUUUUUUUUUAUAUAUUUUAAGUAAAGUCAUGUUUAUGUUAUCCCCCGCCCACCGCUCUGUCCCCACCCACUCGUAAAUGCAGUGAAGCUCCAGUUUCCUUGGGAAAAUGCAUUCACGAAGAGCCUGUGCUGCUGCUGCUGCUCCUCCGGAGUUGCUGAGAGGCGUUCAGAGCAAUUUGAGAUAAGAUAAUAGAUUUCUCUUGUUAAAUAAAGCAAUAUUUUUGCAAAGAA